GAGAGCAGAGCAUAUUGUACGUGGGUCCACGGUGAAGUGAACAUGGGCGUUCCAAAGCAAUGGUUGUGCAAGGGACGGGUCCAAGCGCGAACGUUGUUACCUCUGUUUGCCUCGCCGCAUCCCCGUUUGUCUGCUCCUCCAUACACGACAGUGAUCUUGAGGCAGGAUACACACCAUAAGAACUCCUCAAGAGCGACGAGCUCAGUAGGAAAUCCUACGAACUUACUCCUCCGCAUCCUGCGAGCGGCCACUUCACCAAGUAACCGUUCUUCGCCCACUCUCCGGAUUACGAACUCAAACGAGAGGAUCGCAACCACCAAGACGUUUCAUCAUGGGCGGCUUCCUUGGAUUUGUCUGGAAUCAGUGGACCUACAAGCCUAAGCCGCUGGAUCAGGACAAAUCGCUCGCGGGGAAGACAAUCCUCAUCACUGGGGCCAACAGCGGUCUCGGCCUUGAAGCGGCGAAGGAGCUUGCGUCGCAUAAGCCGGCCAAACUCAUCGUUACAGUCCGAGAUCCUGCAAAGGGAGAAGCAGCCAAAGCUCAGAUCAUUGGGAACAAUGCCGGCAUUGAGGUCGAGUUCUGGGAAGUAGACUACGAGUCCUACGACAGCAUCACUGCUUUUGGAAAGAAGGUUCUGGCGCUUGAUCGCCUUGACUAUGCCCUCCUCAAUGCCGGCAUCAAGCAGAUGCAAUACACCACGUCAAAGGCCGGUCAUGAGUCAAAUGUUCAGAUCAACCACAUCGGCACGUCGCUCGUCUCCCUGCAGAUUCUACCCGCUUUACAGAAAACAGCACGGAUUGCCGGACAGCCGUCUCGACUAACGAUCGUUUCAUCCGAGGGGCACUUUUGGAUUCCGUUCAAAGAGCGCACCGCUGAGAACAUUCUUUUGAGGAUGGAUGACAAGGAGACAUUCGGCCAGCAGAUGAAUCGCUAUUACACAACCAAGUUGCUCAAUGUUCUAUGGACACGCGAGCUCGCCUCAAAGGUCAACCAGAAUGAGGUCAUCAUCAAUACGGUCAACCCGGGAUUUUGCUACAGCGGUCUGCAUCGCCAUGAGAAAACUGGCAUCAUCAAGAUCUUCUUGUGGGCUCUGGCAUGGACUUCUCAACAAGGCGGACACUGCCUCACAGACGCACUGGUCAACCACCCUGACAGCCACGGCAAGUAUCUCAGCGAGCAGAAAGUAGUACCUCCCUCCAAAUUCGUUUUGUCCGAGGAAGGCAGAAAGGUACAGACAAAGAUCUGGAACGAGACUAUGGAGUUGCUUAGGAAGGAAGCCCCCGGCGCCAGUUUUCCUACAUUUGAAGAGUAGGGUUAGAUAGACUACCUGGCGGCCUCUCCAAUCGGGUGCCGGACUGUAGCUCUGUCUAGCAUGCAGGCUGACCUACCUUCCCAACAGCGUCACUUGAGACAAAUGUAACAAAUCGUGCAGAGUGUGCGAAGUCCUUUGCGGUGCGGCCGAUACUGUGCAACACCGAUUCAUUAUAUGAAAUUGAUACACAGUUCCGUACCCCAUACCGGCAGCAAGUACCUCAAGACCACUCUGUCAGACCGUGUUACAUUGUACUAUUGUGGUGUGUAUUGCAAACUCUGGGUUUAUGCACCGUCGGCGUUACACCAUGUAAGCCAAUCAAGCUCUCCGGUAUGCAGUCUCAGGGUUUGGUUGGGCCUGGUUCGUUAGGAGUCCGGUGAAUGGUC